AUGGAGUCCAAACCCAACGUCAGCUCUGCACGUUUGACUCUUCUUUUCAGACGUAGGGGUUCAUCCGUCUUUACCGAUGAGUGUUCAUUCGGCACAGCCACUUUGCCCAUUGAAAUGCGAAGUCUUGCAGUCAUUCCCUGCUUCGUUGGCAUAUGGGGCGUCCUAGGCGUUUCAUGUUGUGAUCCGACGAGCCCCAAUAACACCAUCCCACUGGCAGGGUCGGCCUAUCCGAAUCAGGGCGACAUUCUCUCCUCCUGCAUUACGAUCUCCCCAGCAAGAAAUGCUCGGUGGGUGGGAGAAAUGCACAUGUCUCUCGUCCAAAUUUCCCCGGUCCCUGUCACCAAGGGUCAACUUACCAAUGCAUACCUCGGCCAGGAUGAUAUAAGACGAGGUAGCUUGGAUGAAAAGAUCGAGCUUUCUGCCGAUGGCUCGGUCUUUCCCUCGUACGUUACGGAAGCACCCCCAUCCGUCCGCACACCACCCGAGGCCCCUGUCGGCGACCCAUCUAUGCCCAAAUUGGAUUUCAAAGAUGAUACCCUAAUGAAAAUACUUGAUCAAGGGAGUAGCAGUGGAUCACACAGAUGGACAUACGUGAGCCGGAAAGAAAGAAGCAAAUCCGGGGGUUCGAUGUAUUGGAAACCAGUGGGCAACAAACUUAACGCACCUCAAAGCCCACAAGCACGUGUCGAUGUUUCUGUUGCAUCGAUUAACACCAAACACUCAGGGGCCCUCAGCGUACAUAUUGAUGGCGCUUGUGAAUUACAGAAGCUAUUGCAUGUGGUUGAACCUCUGCCUAGCCCACGUUGCGGUCUAGUCAGAGUGACGCACUACAGUAUAGGAGCCUGGAGCGCAUGUGAGGCUGAGGCGCAAAAUGCGUACUGUCUGCGAUCAACACGCAAGUCGCAUAUCCUAUACGAAGGGCAAAGAGCCAUCCAAAAACGGCAGGAUUCUGAAACUGAAGCUGCCAACUCUUUGUACGAGUUCCACGAUGCUUUUCGCAAUCGCCUCAUUCUCGACCCGCCGAAUCAUAGCGACGCAACUUGCGACAGAACGCAGGCAGACCUUUUGCAAGUGCAGCCUACCGUUUGCCCCGUCUGCGAAGAUAUCGAGCCGCUGGAGGUCAAGUCGGCUGACAUGCACCGUUGGCCUUACGAGGAAUUCUCAGUAAAGGGCGGUACACUCAAGGAAUCUCCUCCAGAAGGCCUCAAGUGGCCCCCUGACGAUGAUGAGAAAGUUACAAUCAGGAUCAGGAAACAAAGUAUAUCUUGCGCAAAGAGUUUCUUCAUCAAGAGUCUUUAUCAGACUCAGAGUGCUAACCUCUUCCCCACAACUUCGUCUCACGAGAUGCCCGUCAACAAAAUCUUUCCAGCAGAAGAAGAAAGAAGAAUUUGGCAGGCUGGAAUCUGCAAAAUGCUACCUAGCUCGCCAAAUCAUGGUUCUAUAACUGCUGCAAAAGAUGUUCCAAUCGGUCGGCUUUGUAUCAUUCAAUAUUUCGUAGAAGAUUGGGCUCACGAAGCGGCUCUCAUGUAUGCGAUGUACUCUGGCGCAACACUCACACUUAGCGGCCGAUGGGAGCAACUCAGCUACCGGAGACACUCGUCGGGCUUCGUCACGCUCGACGGACACAUUGUUCGCGGCCUACGGCUGAGCAUCAUGCAGGGCAUCUACGAGGGCGGCGACGUCAAGGAAAUGUGUUUCCUGAGACUUGCUGAGACGUAUGAUAUCUUUAUCGAGUUCGCGCCCGAUGACCCGCCUAGUUUGCCGCAGAGAUGGGGAUCUGAUCUUACCGAGGUCUUGAUGUCGUGGAAGAUUUCGGGCGAGAGGGGAAUUGCUGAGGUGAGUGAGGAACGAACACCUUCGUUCUCGUUCCCGCAGUCACGGGGGAUCGAACAAGGCCCCUUGACUCCGAGGCCGGACUCUAGGAAGAUCAAUCCCACCGGGAAUAGGCGUCACCGAGAACGCCGACUUUUUUGUACAACUGGCGAUGCAAUAAACGAUGACUCCAAGUCCGAACCUAGUACAAUUUCAAAAGCUCAUCAUUAUGACACUGCCAGCGGGGGUGCCUAUCAGGCCCUCAACGCAGACGUCGGCCCGUUUUAUGGAAGUGAUGCUAAGACCACCCUCUUCACCAGGGGCUAUUCCACCCUGAUUAAAGUUAGGAAGGUUGGAUAUCGGGCCGCCAAUGUCUAUCAGAUCAACAUAUUUUCCGCGAUACGCCGAUGGAAAAUUCUCAGAAAAGGCGGUACAUUUCAUAAAUCGGCCUGCAGAAAACAGCUCAGUUUGUUCAAUUUUAGUGUGGCAGCUAUCAGUGCAAGUUUGGCUCCCAACCACUCGAAGCACUGCAAGUCGCCAGAAUUUUACCACGAAACGUGCAUAUUUUUGCGCUGGGCAGUGCAAAAGUAA